ACUUUUGCUCCAUUUUUGUAAACCAACGUCCUCAUUUGAGCCUCCCUUGAAAAACAGUGAAAGGGCUUGUUUACUUGCCAAACCCUUCAGGCCAACCGCAGUCGAGAAAAAGCUUCUUCAAGUUUAUAACUGCUGGGAUGGAAAGUCAUUCGCUGUACUGAAGACUCCUGUCGACACCAAAAAAAAAAAAACGCACACACCUUGUGUACAUGAGCAGGCAAGGGAAGAGGAGCAGAGGAACUGGACUUGGAACGGCUUAAAACAUCCGGGGCCGUCCUAGUGUAUCGUGAGACCCCACUCUGAUCGUCACUGUCCGUCGAGCAUGGGGGACAACAUGAGUAAACCCUCCGCUAAGCCCUUUCAGGAUGGCAACUUCUUCACCUCUUUCAAGCCCUACAACCCUCCCGCCACCAAUGACGCCGCACCCCCUCGACGAAGCAUCUUCUCCACGCUAAGACGGCCCCCGGUUGCCAAGCCCAAUGAUUUCAUCCCCCUCUUCACUGACUGCAUCACCACUGCCUCAUCCCGAACUCAGGAGUACCUCGUCUUCAAGGAUCCAGAGGACAAGUUCCACCCCAGCCCAGACGCCCUCACUCAGAUCUUCCUAAUGACCUACAUCUCCCAGAGUGUCAACCUCAACCUGACCGACAACUUUAACUGCACGGCCAUGACCCCCGAGCAACGCAUCCUGCUGGGGGCCGACUGGGUGUGGGCCGUGUUGGAGAAGCCCACCAAGAACCCUCGCGUCCAGAUCGCCGUGCAGGUGCUCCACCUGUCCGACAAGGAGGGCGGCGAGGAGGACGGCGUUCUCCCGGAGACAUGCAGCGAAAGCGUCCAAAUGGCCCAGAGGGAGUCCAGCGACAGGAACAUGUACGAGAGGAUGGUGGACUUCUGCACUUCGGUGGGCAAGGACUGCUACGCUCUAUUCUUGUUCUUCGGGAGGAAAAACGACAAGAACAAUAUCUACGGCGUUCUCAGCAACAACUUGGAAGCGGCCAUGGGGAAGUGCGACAAGAUCGAUAGAGCUCUUCUGGAGAACUUCUUCAAGGGUUCGCGCUACCUGCACACCCCCUCCGGGAUGAUGCAGUCCAUCGUCACUCGGAAUGAGGGAGAGCCGCUCACCCUUAUGAUUAAAUUCAGCUGAUGCCAAGAUCAUCAUAUUCUCAAAAGCAAUUCUAAGCACGCGUAACACCGGUGAGCAAGGGUGGGGGAGUCCUCAAUAAUUUGGUUCUAAUUUCAGCACAGGUUUUGUGAUCAUAAUUCAAAUAAUUAUUGCGAGCAUAAAUCCAUCGCCUUUGUAAAACCUGAAUUUCACUCAUCGCAACCUCUACAUGAAGUCGUAUUAUUUGGUUUCGCUACAGCGCAUUUUGCUUCAGAUGUUAUUUUACACUUAGCCGAUUUUCGGUAAGUGUAAAUGUUUAUCGUUUCUGUCUGUGUGGAGUCUCAAUAUUUGAUUAUUGGGAGACAAAAGUGACAACACGAUAAAUUAUCACAUCUCGUCAACGGGGCAAUAUGUAUCGCAUAGGUUAGCCUCCGUACACUCUUAUUUUUUAAUGACUAUGAUUUAAUAAUAAAUGGAGAAAAAAAGGUGACAAAAAUGCAGCAAUUGCCACUGAUAUUUCGAAUGGAAUUCAAUUCAACUAGCGUUGCCUAGCGAAUUAGAAAUAAAGCAACUUGAAAAAAAAAAAGUUUAAUAAAUCGCAUUGAGCAUUGGGGGUGUGAGACUCAUGCCCACCACAAUGCCGCGUUGUGUUGCCACAGAGAGUCGGAAAAGUCCAUCUGUGGCCAUGGCCGCCAUGCUGUUCUUACGAGUUGAGACUGAAUCAUCGAGCGCCAAUGCUGGUCGCAGCCAACGAGGCUUUAAAAGACGGUUACUGGGGUCCACGGAAAAACCGAAUUGAUAUUAUGGCUCGUAGUACUUAGCAACCGAAUUGAUAUUAUGGCUCGUAGUACUUAGCAGCCAGGAAAGAGAUUCACCCACCCCUUUUGGACGUCUAUCUCUAGUUCUCUUCCUUGCUGUCACUUGGGAUCUUCUGUGGUGUAAUCAUUAAAAAAAAAAACGAAAAAAAAGAAAAAAAAA